UUCAACAAGGACGGCUCCUCGACUUGUAAACUCAUCGAAAUUUGCGAGACAUUUACAUCCGCGUCUUUUCACACAUUCAAAAUUUUGUUGCAACCAGUGACGAACAUGAAAAUCUGAAAAGAAGACUCGCAACGCAAAGUUUUUCGAUAGUAGCGCGGUUCAGUGAACUUUGAACGCCAAAGUUUUUCUUUUUCCUCAAGACACCCCAACCACUUUCUUCACUUCCGCUUUUACAAAAUAAAAGGGGGAGAAGAAGAAAAAGCAAAAAGAAACAAACAAAAAAAAAAACAAUCAAAACAAAUACCUUCAACAGGAAAAGCAUUUGAUUUAUUUGAUCGUCCUUUUUGGAUCUGUUUUCCUUAUUUCAUUACAACUGAGUGAUGGACGGAGAGGAGAGUUCGACAACGGUGGUGACGUCAACGUCCAGCAGUUAUUCGUCGUCGUCGACAACGCUGGUUCAGCAAACGCUCAUGACGGUAACAGACGAUGUGCAAGUUGACGAGGGAAUCUCGGAUACGAUCUCGCAAGAGGCAGUCAUUACCAGUUCGACAACUUCUUCUGUGACGGCUACAUCCUCCCACCAAAUCAACGAGCAGAUAGUGGAAAACGGCCUGGAUGAAUCAAUGGAACAAUCGGUGUGCAUGGAAGAAGAAAUCGUAUCUUCUUCCACCGUUUCGCGUGAAGAGGUCAUAACAGAAGAGGCUUUGCACUCACCAUCGACGCUGCUUGACGAAGAGGAGCGACUGCUGGCGGAAGAACUGCUGGUCGAAGAAGAUCAGUCGUUGAGCGCCGAGGCAUUCACUACCGAAAUGGAGCCAUCUAUCGAGAUGGCGGAAGACUUGAAAGAGCCCGGAAUCGGCGGCGACGGUGACAGCGGCACCGAAAUAAACACGAGCGUCGGCAAUGUCGACCAGCAGGAGGAGCUGGCCCAGGAGCAUCAACAGUCUAGCGAGGCGGAUUUGAGCAUCCAAGAGCCGCAGUCGACGGAGGCGGACCAAACAGUCGCUUCCGGCUCUGAAUGCCGUCCAGUUGAGGCUAGUGAUUUGUCCGGCUCGUCCAGCAACAACAGGGAAAUCGAGCAGGAGAACAUCAAGCAAACACUUCACGAAAUCAUUUCGGAAAUCGAUCGCGAAAUGGAGGCCGAUUUCAGUAACGAAGAGGUGGAAGAAACGGGACAGGUGAUAAAGGACGAGUCGAUUUUGUUGAUCAACAGUGGCCAGGCGGCUCAGCGAAAACGUUCACCACCACCCGUGCAACCGAAAAAAGCUCGACCCGUUUCAGUACCGGCCAAUUUUCUUCAAGAAGGGAGCGGUGGAGCCAUCAGCCCGGAAACUGGCAGGCCCAUCGACUUGCAAAAGAUUUUCACGCCAGCCUCCGAUUUCUCGGGCGAUUUGACUCCACGAAGACAACGUCGAAUGUACACGUCGUCCAGUUUCUACUCGGCGUUCCACCCGUCGAUGGAGGAGCAGGUGGAGUUGGCCCGUCAAAUUUCCCAUUCGCUGAGCGCAGACACCAACAGCACGUCAAAGGGCCAGUCCAUGUACGUCAAACGGCGCAACCGCUCCUCCAAAUGGAUUCACGAAGCCAAUCUACAUGGAGGUGUCGAUGACGAUCACGCUGGGGAUCAGCAAAAUAAAAUUGACAACUCCCAUCAAGCCGAUGAUGACGGUCGAAUGACUUUUAAAAUACCAAACAUUGGAGCGCAGGAGAUCCAAUUUAGAGCUAAAUCGCCGCUCAAAUUAUUGAUGAACCCCAAAGGGCAAAUUUGGGAUUUAAAAUCAUUGCGCAAUACGGGCAUGCACAUCGAAGCGCCGCCGCUGAGUCCCGAAAUCUGCUCCAGCCUCGUCAAGGAUUUGCACACGCCAAAAGGAAAAGGCGCUGCACUCUUUGCCAAGCGCAAGCAGAAGUCGGAAAAGUGGAUCGUCGACGAAAACACCGUCAAACAAAAAGUUGCCAACGCAGCCGCGAUGGCUGCGGCAGCUGUCGCUACCGGAGCCGUUGCAGCCCCAACUGCUAUGGGACAGGCUCGAGUUGACCAGGCACAGAAAAUGGCUGCCGUCCAGGAUGCCCUUAGCGGACCUCGACUGAAGUUGGUCAAAUCGCCGUGGGAGGCCGCGCUGGAAGACGGGACGGUUGACACGGCGUUCCAAGAUCUUCGUGCUAAUCGUCUAUCGGGAGUAGCUAAUCAAUCGGGAAUUUUGGAACGCAAAAUGGAACCGUUGCCACCGAUGCCAACAACGACGCUAUCGGCGGCCGCCCCGGUUCAGCCCAAGUUGAACAUGAAACCUCUGGAGAGUGUGCCCAAGAUGUUGCCCAACUUCAAAGCUCAGCCGCAAACGUCGGCAGCUGCGGAAUCCGAAACGGCCCUGCAGGCGUCCAUCGAAGAGGAGAAGCCAUUUGUGCCCACGCCCUUGCGCCCAGACAACGUCAAUCCCUAUAAGCCUAAAGCCCCUAAAGGGUGGGGCAACGGACCAGUCGAUGCCUUGUCCGCCGUAGAUUUUGCAACACCGAACACUAAUCCCGUAUUGGAACACGUCCAACCAAAACAACGGCCCGUAACGAUGCCACCCAUCUCCGUGACUGGUGACCAAGAUGGCGCUAGUGAUCAAGCGAUAGAUGCCCCGAAAUCAGCCCAGGUGUUGGAAGAUGGCAAACACAAUCCUUUCGGAUUUGAACUGCCCGUUUUGCGUAGUGUCUCGGCUACUCAAUUGCCACCGCCCAUCGUUCGUCAUGAACCCGAAUUAAUUCUGCCCACCCUGAGGCCUGUUCCAGAGAAAACUGCUGAACCAUCAGAUAGUGCGAAUGUGGACGCUGCCCCAGCAGUCCAGUGGGAACUGCCACCUUUGGAUUCUCGACCCAACUUACAGGCUUUGCUGGAACGCGAGAAACGAGCUUCGGAGUCUGCUGUCAAUGAUGAAGCGUUGAAACAACGCCAAGAAGAACAAAGAAAACAACAAGAAGAGCUGCAACGCAAACAACAAGAAGAGCAACUUCGUAAACUGCAAGAAGAAGAGCAGCUAAGAAAGCAAAAACAACAGGAGCUAAAACAACAACAAGAAGAGCUGCAACGCAAACAGCAAGAGGCACAACAAAAGGCAAUGGUGCAACAACUCGAACAACAGCAAUUACAAAAACGUCAGCAACAGCAACAAAUUGUGAUGACUGAAGAAAUGCGACUGGCUCAAGAAGCUCAAUUGGCUAAAUUGAGUGUCCGUCUAAAAGUACAACGUUUCGAAUCUGCUGGACCUCCCCCACUGAAUUACAUCGGUCAAGUGUCUGUAUCGCAAAGUGGAUCGCCACGACAGUCGGGCAUUCAAACGCCAUCCCACGUGGUUUUAACUGGAAGGAAUAAAGCCCCCCCAGCCACAAUAAUGCCAGCAAAAGAAAAUGACGUACGAUCUGUAUGCAAUUCGAAAGAAAACGCUAUUCCUCUUCAAAGUAAACCAUUGGGUAUACCGAGAACGAUGGAAAUGAAUCAUCAAAAUGAAUCUACCCCUUCGAUACCCAAGCCUGCAAUGGCGGCCAGCCAUAAUCAAGCCCCAACGAUUAUCCAACAACAUCAGCCAACACUUCAAAUGUUGGAACCUUUCCCUGCUGUACAACUACGACAGCCUUCAACAGGCAAGACGCUGAUCAACACGACCGACGGGGAAUCUUCUCUAUCACUGAAUCGUCGUUCUUUAGCAGACUACACUAACUAUAAUACUGCACCUCGUGGUUGGACUUCUGCCGCCAAGGAAAUCUAUCGGCCAGUCACUUUCAAAAUGGCCUGACAACCAUGUCGUUCGCUUUCUCUUAUAAGUGUAAAAAAAAAAAAUUAAGAUAUUUAAAUUGAAAAAUAAUUUCGUCUCUUUACUAACCAAUUUUAACUGAACAAAAAAACGACAUAAUUACUGAGUUCAAAGUUGAGUUGCUUUGUCCCACUGAUGGCUCUUACGUUUCACGAUUUAGGAAAAACGUUACCCUUUCUUCCCGCAUCGGCGUUGCUUGGAUACUAUGUAAUUUCAGUUUCAAUGAUGCUCCAAGCAGCGCUAAUGGCAUUUGACAAAAUGUCUUCCUCUCUCUUUUUGCACCAAAACCCCCCAACCCAUACCGUCAAGGUCUUUAACAAAGCAAAACACUCUCAACCCUAAAACAACGACGGGCAAAUUUCAACCACAUACACCUAAUGCUUAAUUGUUUAUUUCAAACAGUGAAAAAGAUACGAGAGAAGGAGAAACAAAAAAAGAACAAUGCAAUCUUCAAGCAGACGAAUGGACUAUUGAUGCUGUUUACUUUUCUCUCGUAUCCGUCAAUCACAAGUUAUUAUACUAUCUCUCGGGGUCGUGGCAGUGGGUCUGGGGUU